AUGAGCUCCAGCAGUAGAGGAAAGGAAGGAAAGGAAAGAAAGGAAAAGCCAGAGAGACGGGGGCUGAGAGACGGAGAGACGACAAGAGUCUCAGCGAAUGGAGAGGGACCCGGGAGCCAAAAUGUCAAAAGACAAAGGGUUUCACCUCGUUUUUCUGCUGCUUCUCAACAAAUCCAAAAUCAAGAAAAUAGUGAAAGUGAAGAAGAAGAAACUGCAUUAUUAGACAGCAUUCGUUCUUUAGUGGCCAAAGGAAAUAAGAGAUCCAGUCCAGCACAGCAAAGUGAAGCUCCUAUGAAGCCUACUAGAAGGAAUAAUGGGUCUAUUUCAGUUACGUUGGACUCUGAAGUUCUUGCUUGUCCCUUCUGUUUUGAAACCUUCACCAUGCCUGUCUUUCAGGGCAGUUAUGGAACGGAGCUGGAGGUGAAGAAGUCAGUGAAGUUUCCUUGGCUUAGCACAAUUCUUCCAAUGAAGUAUGAACUCAGAUUGUUACUAGUCACUGUAAUGUUCUUGGAAGGGAAGUUGGAGUGCGAGAAUGGACAUACAGCUUGCUCUUCAUGCUGCAGUAAACUUGCACAUAAAUGUCCUUCCUGCUUGUUGCCUAUUGGCCAUAUUCGUUGCCGGGCCAUUGAGAAGGUUCUUGAAUCAGCCAAGAUAUCAUGCCAAAAUAUGAAGUAUGGUUGCAAAGAAACUGUCUAUUACAGCAAGAAGGGUGACCAUGAGAAGACCUGCAUCUAUGCACCGUGCUCCUGCCCAGUAUCAGGCUGCAGCUUCAUCAGCUCAUCGGAGCAGUUAUACUCGCAUUUAAGCAGCAGCCAUGUCGGUGAUAUGAAACAGUUUGAGUAUAAUUGCUCAAUCCCUGUUUCCUUUAUUGCUAGUGAGAAAUUUGUUGUUCUUCAAGAAGAGAAAGAAGGUGUUGUAUUCAUCCUGAACAAUGCUUUGCAACUGAUGGGGAAUGUGAUCAUGGUUAGUUGCAUAGGGCCCUCAUCCAAGGGAGGAUACUCCUAUGAACUUUCAGCAAAAAGUGAGGGAAACAGUCUCAUCUUCCGAUCUUUUACGCCGUGCAUUCAGAGCAGAGUUGAUAACCCUCCUUCAGGGAGGUUCCUCCUAGUUCCAGGUGGGUUUUUUGGUGCUGGGGAGCAGAUUACCUUGGAUCUUUGCAUAUGGCGUAAAGAUGCAUACUCUUCAUGUGUCCAUUGCAGCAACGUUUGA